UGUACUUCUGUUUCAGAAGGAAAAGGAGGACACCUCUGCAGUGACAGGUCUCAGCUCACACUAGAAAUGCUGAUCUGGUUAAUCCAUCAGUGUCCAGCUCUGUGGACCACAAAGAGCUAUAGCACAAUGCUUCCACUUUGCAGGGCGUGAGGCAGCAUGGGAAAGAGGAGUCCGGAAUUGGCGAGCUCACACUCAGCAGGAGGUGUGAGGGCAGGAGCAUCUGGUAAAUUGUCAUCCUGGGGACCUCAGAAUACCCAACUGGAAGCAGAAAUCAAAGAUGGUUCUCAGUACAGAAGAAAUCGGGAGCUCUACUUCCUUAGCCUCACCCAGUGACCCAUUGCCCAGUGGAGAGACUGACCUAGGAGAGAAAACCCAGGAGUCCCUGAACAACCUCUGCAGGCAGUAUGAGGAGAAGGUGCGGCCCUGCAUCGACCUCAUCGACUCCCUGCGGGCCCUGGGUGUGGAGCAGGACCUGGCCCUGCCUGCCAUUGCAGUCAUUGGGGACCAGAGCUCAGGGAAGAGCUCUGUGCUGGAAGCACUGUCAGGAGUGGCCCUCCCCAGAGGCAGUGGCAUUGUAACCAGAUUCCCUGUGCUGCUAAAAUUGAAGAAGCUGGAGCAGGGAGAGGAAUGGCGAGGCAAGGUCACCUAUGAUGGCAUCGAAGUGGAGCUCUCUGAUCCCUCAGAGGUGGAAGAUGCCAUCAACAAAGGUCAGAACUUCAUUGCUGGGUUAAAGUUGGAGAUCAGUGAUAAGCUCAUUAGCCUAUAUGUCAGCUCCCCAAAUGUCCCAGACCUGACCUUGAUUGAUCUGCCUGGAAUCAGCAGGGGGGAUGUGAGCAAUCAAUCUGCAGACAUUGGACAGCAGAUCAAGAGACUCAUCAAGACAUACAUCCAAAAACAGGAGACCAUCAACCUGGUAGUGGUCCCCAGUAAUGUGGACAUCGCCACCACGGAGGCAUUGAGCAUGGCUCAGGAGGUGGAUCCUGAAGGGGACAGGACCAUAGGGAUCUUGACCAAGCCCGAUCUUGUGGACAGAGGAACUGAAGACAAGGUCGUUGAUGUGGUGCGGAACCUGGUGUACCACCUGAAGAAGGGCUACAUGAUAGUCAAGUGCAGGGAUCAGCAGGACAUCCAGGAAAAGAUGACACUGACUGAGGCCCUUGAGAAGGAGCAAGCCUUCUUCAAGGAGCACCCUCACUUCAGCGUUCUUCUGGAGGAUGGGAAGGCCACAGUGCCCCUUCUGGCAGAGAGACUGACCACGGAGCUCAUCUCACACAUCUGUAAAUCUCUGCCUUUGUUAGAAAAUCAAAUAAAGAAGUGUCACCAGACUGCAAGUGAGGAGCUGCAGAAGUAUGGUGCAGACAUACCAGAGGAUGACAAUGAGAAAACUUUCUUCCUGAUUGAAAAAAUCAACACUUUUAACCAGGACAUCACUGCCAUAGUACAAGGGGAGGAAAAUGUGGAGGAGGGAGAAUGUUGCCUGUUCACCAGGAUCCUAGAUGAGUUCUUAUUGUGGAGUAAGGAGAUAGAAAAUAUUUCCCAAAACAGUGAGUAUCUUGUUCAAUCUGGGUUGCCAUCCUUAACAAUCUUACACUCCAUUGUUAUAGACAAUAGACCAUCACUCACAGUUCUGGUUCCUUAGGAGGUCCUAGGUCAAGGCACCAGAUGUGACUAGUGAGGUCUCCAUCUCUGCUCCCAAGAUGAUAUCUAUCCUGAUCCUCAUGUGUGGAGGAUGAGAGACAGUUUUCUCUGGCAUCUGUUAUGAGGACACACAUACCCUCUGUGAGGAUGGAACUCUCAUGUCCUACUAACUUCUUAAAUGCCAACCUUUCAGUGCCAUUACACUAGGAAUGAAGUUCAACUUACAAAAUUCAGUAAGACACCAGAUAGGGAACUGUCAACAACUUACAAAAUUCAGUAAGACACCAGAUAGGGAACUGUCAACAAAUCAAAGUACAGGUGCUAGCCAAGAUCAAGUUGGUGAACUAAUGAGUUUUCUUGGGUUGAUUUUCAGGAAUACGGGUGAGGAGUUACUUACAGGCAUAGAAAUGACUCAAAGACAGCUGUAAUCUCAGAGCCCACUCCAGCAUGGGUGAUGGUUCAUGAAAUCUGGAGCACAGGGCACAGACUAUAGGCAGCCUAACAGGUUAGCGAGGAAGUUCAGGGUUGUUCAAUUGGUCUGAGCCUCUGCCAGGCAGCUUAACUAGUCUCUGCUUCUUCCAGGCAGCUCAGCCUCUCUGAGAGUGAGUCUCAGAAGUCCCUAUUGUUUAUAGACACUUGAGGAGAAGGCUUGGUGAAUCUAGUCAGUUUCAGGGACUUUCUGAAGUCGCUGAGUUGUUGACUUCCUGAGUUUAAGGAGCUUCCCAGGAGGAUGUAGUUGUUUUCACCUCCUUUCUAACUUCCUGUGCCUUCAGGAGCAUCCCUCAAAAUGGAAAGUUUUAAUCUUAGAUGAAACUGCUGCCUGUCCAGGGACUUAAUCCUGGGUCAUCUUACUGUGUUUCUUUAUGGCAAUGAGAAGAUUAUACAAGUGCAGGCAGCACCCCACCUCAUCUUCAUAGCUUCAAAAUCUGAAGCAGGGAGAAAGUACUCUAAAUCUGUUCUUUGAUCACAUCUGUGCUGAGAAAGCUGCCAUGGUGGAGGGGAAUUUCAAGAGACUUUGCCUUCCCUAAAGGGCCUUGAUGAAAACAUAGAAUUGGUUUGAACCAACCAGAGGUUUUGACAAACAGCUUCCCUUGGCUGUGAGUGACAGAUGUACAAAGUGGAGUGUUCUAUCUCCUGCAGGCUACAUGAAGAAUCCGUUAGCCACUAAUGGAGCGUAUGUCAGGUGGUCAAGUUGGGUAGCAAUGUGCCUUUGUAGAGACCCUUAUGAGACACUUACUUAAGGCUGUGACUCCCCAUGUCCCCACAGUGCCCACCACUUCUGCCUUACUCACCACUACUAAGUCCAGACUGCUGAAGCUGACACUAUAAGCCCUGCAGUGUGUCCUCACUCCAGGGUAGAGUCAAUGUCCUGUUUCAAAACUUAGAAGUGCCUGCCAUUAUAUCUGAUAGAGGGGGCCAAGAGACCAGAAUAAGACGCAGCUUUACAAAUCCAAGGUACAACAACUGGAUCUAAUUAGAAAACGGUGAAAACACUAUAAAGAUGUUUUUCUAAAAAGAAGAUAUACAAAUGACUAACAGGGGUUGGGGACUUAGCUCAGUGGUGGAGCGCUUGCAUAGCAAGCACAAGGCCCUGGCUGGGUUCGGUUCUCAGCUCUGAAAAAAAAAAAGACCAACAAAACACUCAAAGUCUGCAUGGCCUGUGGGCAUCAGAAAUGCAAAUGAAAACACAGGGAUAAUUCCUGUCCCAGACCCUAGGGAAGUUAGAAUCAGAAAGGCAGACACUGGCAGGUGCUGGAGAAGAGGCAGGAGGAAGGAACCCAUGGUCACUGCUAGGGAACAUGAAAUGGUACAGCUGCUGUGGGUUACAGCAGUGAGCCCUCAGAGAGGCAAAUACAGGAUGCCCACUUCCACUCCUUUUCUUCUACAAUAAUAAAACAGUCAAACGUGCAAGUCCUCUUACCCUGAACCUGGCAUCACCUCCCCAUGUCUUCACAAGUCCUCUACUCUGGAUAUUUAUGUGUCCUUGUCAGCCCCUGUAAGGACACAAGAUACAGUGGAUUAGAGACCACCCUAAGAGACUCCUUUCUACUUAGUAAUCUUUUAAAAACCUCAUCUGCAAAUAGUCCCCUCCUGAGGUUCUGGGUGGUUAGGACCACAGCACAAGCAUUAUCAGGGAAGCAAUUCAGCUCUUAGCAUCUCUCAAUGCAGUAUUUUAACCCAAGAAAGGCACAGAAGAAAUGUAGAUACAAGGUACAAGGCUGGUGAGCCUUGAUGACAGGAUACUGAGUGAAAGCCAGCAGGUCAGUCACAGUGGCCUGUAGUAUGUGAUUCCAUUUCAGAAACACCCAGAGUACAUACAUGGUGUGGACAGAGCAGAGCAGGGGCUGCAGGGUUGGAGAGAGGGCAGAAAGGGAGGCACUGACUGCUGGUGAGAGCAGCAGAUCCUGGAGGUGACAGAAACUUCACUGAAU